AUGCAGCCGGGUUUGGAGCCUCAGCCACUUGCGUCUCUUAUGCGCUACCAUCGAGAGCUAUUCGUGGACCCAUUAUUCUGGACUUCUCGUCAUUUGGAUCUGGUAGGAUGUCGCUUCAAGUGGCUCAAGCAGACGGAGUACACUGGAGACAACACCGUUAUGCAUCAAGCCCAAAACAAGGACGGCACGCAUAAGUCUUCUGACUUCGAUCAAGAACCCGUUCGGUUACCCACUUCGGAUCCAUCGGAUGCUCGGCGGCUUGCAAGGGCCUCCGCGCCCACGAUGAAGCUUAUCUGCCUAUACAGCAUUCUAGAAUAUGAGGGAAGCGCUUUUGAAGUGCUUUGCGAAAGUGGACCCAAAUUCUACUUCGCAGGGCAAGGGAUUCAUCGGCCGAAGUAUCCCGUGUUUCGUCGUCGCAAAAAAGACAACCAACCUUCUGACGACGAUACUCAAAGUUUGUUAGGCUACUUUGACUACUCAAAUCUCUUUUACGGUCGCAAGGAGAGACUUCAACCUAUGGGUGGGAUCCACAAUAACGCACCUGUUGUGCGUAUCUUUGAAAAGCGGCUGGCCCAAAUAACCCCAGCUAAUUGGAAAGAGGACCCGUACUUGGUUUGUAUCUUGCUAUCCAUUGCCCAACUGCAAGAGCGCUCCCUUGCGACUAAAAAGCCAACAACGCACACCUCACGUCUUCUUGUAGCAAAGUGGCCAGAAUAUGAAUUUAUCUAUCUCUACGAGGCUCAAUUUACCUCCGAGCUUCUGGAAGCGAUUGAAAACCCGAAGAAUGCCACGACCUAUAUCAAGUGGCCGAUCAUCACAGUGAAAAAGAUCCGUUUCGAGCCCUAUGACACCUUCCGUGAGCGUCUUGUGGAUGAGCUAUUACGUCCCCCAAAUCUAGACUGUGAAAGUGCGUCAAAUCUCAAAGAUGGUACUGACCGUAUUGUGACAAGUUCAGCGAAACGGCAGCAUGAGGAAGGAGAUGAGCCGCGAACAAGGCGACGCAAGGCUGGCAUGAACUCUGGGAAUCGAGAUUAG